GUGAAAAAAGAAGUAUCCCAAAUAGAAACUAAUUAAAAUUGUACAACAAUUCUUAAACAUAAUCGUUAAAUUAAUAAUUUAAUAGUGCUAUUGAAACAGUAUUUAACAAUAACUUGACAUUUUAAUUGCAAUCUACAAAAACGAUUGUUUGAAUCGAACGAAACUGUGCAGCUUUUCCCUCUCUUCAAAGAAAAUAACAACACAUUAUUAAAGAAUUUAUAGAAAAUAAUGUUUCGUAGCCGUAGCUGGUUCGGUGGAGGUUGGAAUAAACCAAAAAAUCGCCUAUCACUGGACCACCUGAAAUAUUUAUACAGUGUUUUGGAAAAGAAUACCACAGUAUCUGAAAACAAUAGAGGCUUAUUGGUAGAAUCUCUGCGUUGUAUUGCGGAGAUUUUAAUAUGGGGCGAUCAACAUGAUUCCUCAGUAUUUGAUUUUUUCCUUGAGAAAAACAUGCUGUCCUAUUUUUUGCAUAUAAUGCGACAAAAGAGUGGUGGCUCUAGUUUUGUGUGUGUUCAAUUAUUACAAACAUUAAAUAUUUUAUUUGAAAAUAUACGAAAUGAGACCUCAUUGUAUUAUCUUUUGAGUAAUAAUCAUGUCAACUCGAUUAUAGUGCAUAAAUUUGAUUUCUCUGACGAAGAUGUUAUGGGCUAUUAUAUAUUAUUUUUGAAAACUUUAAGUUUAAAAUUGAACACCCACACUAUACAUUUCUUUUAUAAUGAGCAUACAAAUGAUUUUCCCCUGUAUACAGAAGCUAUUAAGUUUUUCAAUCAUCCCGAGAGCAUGGUGCGUAUAGCUGUACGCACUAUUUCCUUAAAUGUUUAUAAAGUACAAAAUGCUAGCAUGUUACGUUUUAUAAGAGACAAAACGGCUGCUCCUUAUUUCAGCAAUUUAGUUUGGUUUAUUGGCAAACAUAUUUUGGAAUUGGAUACAUGUGUUCGAACAGAUAUUGAUCACCAAUCAAAUCAAAAACUUUCAAAUUUAGUUGCUGAACAUUUGGAUCAUUUACAUUAUCUAAAUGAUAUACUUCUGUUGGAAAUAAACGAUUUAAAUGCGGUUUUAACCGAACACUUGCUGCACAAACUCUUUGUGCCGUUAUACAUAUUUUCAUUGACACCAGCACCGCCACCACCCUCCUUAGCAUUGGUUACACAAAAUCUAGCAGCCGUUUUAAAUCGUAACGUUGAUAUCGAUAUACAAGAAAUGCAAAAUCCACGAGUAUCUUCCAUAGUAGCUUUAUAUUUACUAUCACUGGUAUUUUUAGUGGUUACACAUUCGCCAUUAGUUCAUGCCUUAGCAUGGGUUAUAUUAAAUGGUGAUAAUACUGUAUUUAAAGAGGGUGCGGCAGCUGUUUUGAGUGCAUAUGUAGAACAUCGUGAAGCUGUGGUACCCAGUUUUACCGAACCACGUGAAAGUUUAGAGCAAGCUUUAGAUACGGCAGCUAAUUCCUCGGCUUACUCGUAUGGCGAGGAAACCACUGAAGAAAGUUUAGUUGCCUCUACAUCAACAUCAAGUGGUAUUGUGGCAGAUUCCUUAACAAGCUCGUCAACGGCAUCACAGCCUGUGGAAGAAACUGAUGUACAUAGCUCUACAGAAGCUUUAGAAAACACCGAAACAUCUACCCUAAUAAGCAAUAUCAAAUUGGCCAAUAUAACGGAUGAGGAAAAGGAAAAACUACAACAAUUGACAUCACCUACAUCAGCCAGCUCAAUAAAUUCAACUUUACAUCGGCCAUUUUUGGACACUGUUAUGUCGGCGUUGGAUUGUACGGAAAAUGAUUAUCUGGCCUUGUUAGCUUUAUGCUUAAUAUAUGCCAUGAGUUUCAAUAAAGGUGUAAAAAACGAUUGGUUCCACCAAGUUCUAUCGAAAUCGGGUAAUGGAUCAUUAAGUUAUAAAACGGAAUUAAUAGAACGUUUAUUAAAUAUCAUAACUUUGGCAAAUCAACCCUCCUGUCGUAUACGUUUAAUAACCAUUGAAAUUGCUCUACAACUAUUGGUGACAUUUACCAAAACGAAUAAUCAAACGGACGAUAUGCCAGCUACUACAUGUAUCACGGAGGCGCAACAGGAUCUGUUGUUUGCAGCACGUAACCAAUCGAUGUCAGUAUUACGUAAUUUUUACAAAUCUGAGGACAUUUUCUUAGAUUUAUUCGAAGACGAGUACAAUGAAAUGCGUAAAACGCAAUUGAAUGUUGAAUUUUUAUGCAUGGAUUCAACAAUACUAUUACCACCGACCGGUACACCAUUGACAGGCAUACCGUUCACAAGACGUUUGCCCUGCGGAGAAGUGGAAAAAGCCAGGCGGGCCAUACGAGUAUUUUUCCUAUUACGAAAAACGUGCCAACAAUUUCUCAAUGAAAAAGAAACAAUGCUGCCUUUAACGAAUUCGUUAAAUCUUGUGCAAGUUGAUAAUGUUUUAGAUUUGAACAAUAGUGAUUUAAUUGCUUGCACGGUAAUUGCCAAGGACAAUGUUAAACAGCGGCGUUUUCUGGUGAUAGAUUCAUUGCAACUUAUAUUAGUGGAACCGGAUGCUAAACUAUUAGGUUGGGGUGUUGCCAAAUUUGUGGGUUUCCUACAAGAUGUUGAGGUUGUGGGUGAUAAGGAUGAUAGUCGUUGUUUGCAUAUAACCGUACAUCGUGGUGGCGCUACACACAAUCGUACUCCCUUAAUAUCGGCCAAAUUCCUAUUCGACGAUCAUAUACGUUGUAUGGCUGCCAAACAGCGUCUAACGAAAGGUCGUAGCAAAGCCAGACAAAAGAAAAUGUAUCAAAUCGCUCAAAUGAUUGAGAUGCCUGGCCAAGUUGUAGACUCUCCUGUAUAUGCGGUAGCUGGAUUGAGAUCUGCCAGUGGUGCUAGUGGCAGUUCAAGUUCUAGGUCAUCACGCGAGCAUAGACCUAUUUUUUCGGCUACCAGUAGGGUCCCUGGGUUUGCUGCAGCUCUCAGACGAGAUAAUAUAGUAGCCGGUGGCGUCAGUCGCAUACAAAUGGCGCAAAACCGUUCUAUAGAGGGUAUCCGUAAUGAAAGUGCCGGGCGUUCACGUCGACGUACCUCCAAUUCAAAUACUCCAACUCAAGGUGAGUCUGGUUCACCACAACGUGAACAUUCACACUCUCCCAGUAGUGGUGGUGGUGGGAAAAGUUCUACACAUUCAAGAGAGAAUUCACAACAAAGAUCAUCCAGAGACAAUAGUCCUAGAAUGCCAAGGCCAAGAUCAGAAGAAAUUCCUUUGGAAGAUUUUCAACAUUCUCGCAAUAAUAGUCCGCAUGGUGGUAGAGCACCCUCAACGACCUCUAAUGCAGGCUCACGCUGUCAUACACCCUCGAGAGCUUUAAAUUUUGAUCAAAUUUCUAUACACAAUGCAUCUCCGCGUGACAAUUCAAUGCUGGCUCAAGUAAACAGUACUGCGCUAACCAAAGAGGUAGUUAUACAUCAACAAAACUCUUCAGAAGAAACUUCCUUUAUGGCUAACGAUGACGGAGCUUCGUCCGCGUCCUCUUCUGGUCAAACAAGUGCAAGACGAAAGGGAGCUAUAGAAACAGUUUGAUUAUAUUAAUAAAAAAAAAACAGUUUUAAGUUAGUUAGGUAAAAUGUAAGAGAUCUAUUUACUAGGGUGUUUGAUUAACAAAUUAAUAUUUUAAUCUAGAUUUUAACACUAUUUAAAUUGUAGCGUCCUAACAGUUUUUAUUUAUAUUUUGAGGAAAAUUAUCUGAAAAAAUUUCGGCAAAGUUGGAUUUUAUAUUUUUGGGUUAGUUUUACAUAAAAUUUUAUAUAUCAAAUAUUUUAAAAGCUAUUGCAAAUUGGUCUGUUCCAUAACAUAUAACUAUUACGAAUUAUCAAUUUCUGAUAAUUCGUAAUAGUAUUUUUUGUUAUUAAACUGACCAAAUAUGUCUAUACAAAUCUUGAAACUGGACAGCUAUUUGAUUGGAAAAUUUAAAUAUUCGAAUUUAAAAAAAAUAUUAUUUGUAAAAUUUAAAUUCCAAAUUUCUUUUGAAAUAAUUACGGAUGAAGCCCUUAAUAAUUAUUUUAAAUGCAUAUUAAAAUAAAUUUUGAUAUUUUAUUCUUUAUUUGAAAGUAAAAGUAAAUUCCUGUACUAAUUUAAUUAUGUAUACAUACCUCAAAUAUUUAUAUAAUUAUUUGGAAAAAGUGAUUGUUUAACGAAAUAUUUGUUGCAUAAAAUAAACUACAAGAUAAAUUUUAGCAAAACAGAA